ACGCACACCCUUGACUCGGGUUUCACAAUCAGUCGGCAAGGAGAUCUUGUUGGAGAAAGCGGGCACCAAUUUGGAAGAAUUCUUUGGAAGUCAUCAGUGUAAAGUUUGAGACACAAACAUCAUGAUCUACGAUGCACAAGGCGUUCAACAGGAAGAGAGGGAGGAGGAGCCUACGGAGAACUUGCACGCAGGAGGCUCGUCUCCGGAGAGGAUGGACCCGGACAGCCCGGACAGAAGCCCCAGCGGGCAGCAGCAGCCCAGGGACAAGUGGGCUAACAAGUCUGAGUUUCUUUUUUCUAUGGCUGGAGUGAUAAAUGGGUUGGAAAAUGUAUGGAUCUUCCCAUACCUCUGUUACGAGAAUGGCGGAGGAGCUUUCUUCAUACCAUACUUUGCCACCCUUUUAUUUUGUGGAAUGCCUAUCUUUUUCCUGGAGACAGCCUUAGGGCAGUAUACCAGUGAGGGGGGAGUCACUGCCUGGCGCAAAAUUUGCCCUAUGUUUGAAGGGAUAGGGAUUGCAUCUCAGGUGAUUGUGUCCUACCUCAAUGUUUACUACAUUGUGAUGCUAGCAUGGGCUGUCAUGUACCUAUUCAACUCCUUCAAGAGCCCUCUCCCCUGGGCUACCUGUGACAACUCCUGGAAUACAAUGAACUGUCAGAACACCACCAUGGACACAGGAAUUGAUAGCUAUAACAACAUAUCACGUCCUGAAGAAGAAUUCUGGCGAUUUCGAUUGUUACGGGAAAAUGACGAGGGUCUAGGUCCUGUUAACGGUGACCUGGCUCUCUGUCUCUUGCUUGUCUGGGUCGUCUGCUAUUUCUGCAUCUGGAAGGGGAUUAAAUCCAUGGGCAAGGUUGUGUACUUCACAGCAACUUUCCCUCACCUCAUGUUGUUCAUCCUCCUAAUUCGUGGCGUGACUUUGCCAGGUGCUAUGGAUGGAAUAAAGUAUUAUCUUUACCCAAACUUACACAGAAUUGCUGACAUUCGGGUUUGGGUUGACGCAGGGACGCAUGUGUUGUUUUCUCUUACUGUUUGCCAGGGUGUCCCCACUGCUCUUGGAAGCUACAAUAAAUACAACAACAACUGCUACAAUGACUGUAUUGGCCUCUGCAUACUCAACACCUGCACAAGUAUUUUUGCUGGGUUUGUCGUCUUCUCUGUGCUGGGUUUCAUGGCUCACGUGCUCGGAAUGCCAGUGGAAGAUGUUGUGCAGAUUGGUCCUGGACUUGCCUUCAUUGCUUUCCCCAGAGCGCUGGCUCUGCUCCCAGGCGCUCAGUUCUGGUGUGUGCUCUUCUUCCUCAUGGUCCUUCUCCUCGGUCUGAACGUCCAGUUUGUGUGUGUCGAAAGCCUGGCUACAGCCAUAUCUGACCUGUUCCCUGUCGAGCUGAGGAGUAAGAAGAAGGGAAGACAGGAGAUCUUGGUGCUGGUCAUUGCCACUGUGUGUUUCCUCCUGGGCCUGCCCUUCAUCACACAGGGAGGUAUCUAUCUUUUGCAUACAGUUGACCUUUACGCUUUCAGCAAGUGCAGUCUCCUCUUCAUUGCCUGCCUUGAGAGCGUUGUCAUCGCAUGGAUCUAUGGUGCAGAUCGUUUCUAUGACAACAUCGAAGACAUGAUUGGGUGUCCACCAUUCCCUGUGCUGAAGUACUGUUGGCUGUUCAUCUCUCCACUGAUCUGUGGGGUCCUCCUGUUCUUGAAUGUGUAUUCCCCCUUUGACCCGUCUUUGCCAUGGGGCACUGGCUUGGGCUUUGUUCUCAUGCUCACUCCCUUGAUGUGCAUCCCCGUGUUCAUCCUCGUGGCUCUUCUUAAGGUGAGUAACAUGUUAAGUCCAUCCAGUGAGUUGCGUCAGGUGAGACCACACAAAGCUCGGCUUACACUCUGCGGGUAUGUCAUCAUCGACGGGCAGAGACUUCAAACCACCAGAUCCUGUGCUGAAGAGGAUAAAGUCCUUUUCACCAACAGUGUCUGACCAUACACUCAUGCCCAACCAUACACUCAUGCCCAACUGGUGUCCAGCUGAGCAAACCUUGAUCUUUUUGUAAUGCUAGUACAGAAUCUCAGUUAAAGUUUAAAGUUUAUGUCUUUGAACUAUUGAACCUUUUGUUUUAAAUGUUUACAUUAACAGUCUCUCUAACAACUAUAUUAGUGGGGCAGAUAACCUGAACAAUUGUGCAUUUUGUGAUAAAAGCGUGAAAUUUGAUACACAUAUAGCCAAAGGGUAGAGUUAUAUGUACUAAUAUGUAUAUGUUUUUUUUUUUUUAGGAUAAAAAUAGAUUAACAGAUCAAGAAGGUAAAUCUUAAGAUUAAGGGAGACCCUUUUUAUUAAGUUCCAUUGACCGUCUAUUACAUGGAAACGUGCUAAUGCCAACUUCGAAACUGUGGACAGCUGUCUCCCCCUCCCUAUCGAAGGGGUGUGGCCCCUGAGUCAUUUCACUGUCUAAUCAGAAACUUUCUGAAAAUGUUCUUAGAGUAGACAGCAAUAAGACUGAGUUGUUCACCUUCCUCUCAGAUGCUCUGCUCAGAUGGCUUGAUGUUGUGCUGGAGGAUAAAGAGCUUGUUGUCACAGAUGAUGUAGCAGUCCUCAGCAAACCACCCAUAGCUGAUCUGUCCUCGAUUUCUCCAUUCACACACGAGGAAGCUGAUACCCGUAUGUUAUUACAUGUGGCUCAUGCAGUACAACAUGGUCACCAGAGAAUUAUGAUCCAAACUGUUAAUACCGAUGUUGUGGUUUUGGCGGUGGCAGCAGCUCAAGGUCUAAAGCCAGCGGAUGGGCUUUGGUUGGCAUUUGGUACUGGAAAAAGUUUUCGAUACUUAGCAGCCCAUGAAAUCUCAGGUUUGACUUGGACCUGUGAAGCCAUGUGCUCUUCCUGUGUUUCAUGCAUUGACUGGCUGUGACACAGUAUCAAGCUUUGCUGAGGAAAAACUGUUUCCCUGAGAUAAGGAUCCAGUUCUGCACAAACUGCACACUGUUUAUUGAUUGAUUGAUUACUUGUCCCUGAGAAUUCUUUAUAAUUAAAGAAUAAGGAAGAGUAGUUGGUUAUCUUGUCCCAGAGAUAACGAUCCAAUUCUUUGGUGACAAAAGCAUGACCAAACCUUCCCAGCCCUAAGCAGACUUGCAGAACUUGUGUUUCUUCUUGCCCUUCCUGUGUUUCAUGCAUUGACUGGCUGUGACACAGUAUCAAGCUUUGCUGGGCAUGGGAAAAAGACUGCAUGUGGGCUGUCUUACAGAGCUUACAAAUGCCCUGUUAGAGAUAUGUUCAGCCCCACAUGACAUUCCACAGGAGAUAAUGGCCACAAUAGAAAAAAAUAUCAUCCUGCUCUAUGACUGAACCAGCACAUCCAUCUGCGAAACGGCACAAUGUGCAGUCAAUCCCCCCGACAAAGGCUGCCCUAAAGGAGCCUGUUAAGCGCCUGUUAUGCCUGUUAUGCUGGUAUCUACACCAGAGCUACCCUUCACCCUGUAGAUGGGGCUGGUCAAAGACAUCUGAGGGUCAUUAUGAACCCUUCUGGACAUGCCUACCAGAUGCAGGGCAGUCCAGCUAUGAACUUUUCUCCUGCAAAUGUAAGAAGGGCUGUGUUAAGAAGUGCAAGUGCAAAAAAAUCUGCCUUACUGUGAGGCUCUGUUACUGUGAGGGCGAUUGCUGACUUUUCCAUGAUAGACCUUAUAUUUUUAAUAGAUAAUAUUUUCACAUAUAGACCUAAUUUCGCCUAUAUUGCCUUAUAAACCAGAAGGAAACUUUCUAGUAGGCUUAAUGUGAGAGUUACCAUCUGAAUUCAGCCACAUGAAAAAAGUGUGAUUUGAUGUUAUGAUCCUCUAUAUCAUAUAUCUAUGCAACUUUGUUGCAAUUACAAACUUUAAACCAGUCACAGCUGCCGUUUUGAAAAAUAACAACCAUCUUAAAAUUUGAAUGACUUAUUUGUGUUAUACAUGUAGUAACUCCCAAUAUAUGGCAAAAAUAACGGACUAGAUCAACAAUCUUACAUAUUAAUUAACAUAUGUCAGAAAAUUCAACUUAAAGUUGUUGUCAAUUGGCGGCCAUCUUGAAAAGUGGCUACCAAGGCCGCCAUAUUGAAAAUUCAUGAUGGCCCGAUAUCUAAUUCUUUUUGGACUGUCUUUGGCUAUAUGUGUACCAAAUUUCACGCUUUUAUCACAAAGUGCACAAUUCUUGUGAACUAUCAAGCUAAGCUGCACCACUAUAUACUACAGUGUCUCCAACAACUAUAUAUAUGUAUAUGUACAUACUCGAUAUAUUAGAAGAUGCUUCUUGAUUGAUUUGAGGAUGUAUUUAACUUCAAAACUCUCAGGAUAUUUACAUUUUUUCUUUCAAAUGUUCACGUUAAGAGUGUCUAUACCAAUUAUAAUUGUGAUCCUAAAUGUGUCACAAUAUGUUUAACAAUUGUAUAACAAUUAUUUUCCUCUCACAACCUAUAUCAAAUUGCUGUUUUCAUUAUGUAAUCAAAAUAUUUCUUAUCAGUAGCAAGAAUCUAACCUAUGUUCUGAAAUUGUUUAUACUUUAUAGAUCCUCAACUCAAGUAUGCCUGAGAUAAUGUAUGCAUGAAAUCAUCUAUGAGGGGCCAUACUAAAAAAAUAAAAAAUUCAUACCAGCACUCUAAAGUGGACUGAAAAUCUGUAGUUAAGAAAAUGGAACGUUGCAUUUCUCCACAAACUAACACAAAUGCGCUUCUUCAAUCCUCUCUGCUUUAACUUUAAUUUGACAAAUGGGAAAAUUGACAAGGUCUUGUGCUGUCUAUGGUGAGGGACUAUAGGCCUAUGCUAGUGUUUUCUGACAAUGUUAAAUAGCUAAUGGUGGAGCUAAGGAAGAGGAGAGGAGGAAAGUGAUUUGGGAGAACUUGUGUUUAUUUUCAUAUGCAACGCAACAGGAAUGGCACAAGGAACAUACUAUACAUUCUUAAACAACAGCCAGUGACAACGUUGCUGUGGUAACCAAGAUAGUGUAAAGUAACCUGAUCGCAGGCAAGCUACAGUGAAUUCUAGACUCUCUUUUGGUGAGUGACUGCUUCAGUGUGUCAAUGUUUCUACAACAUUUUUUUAUUGAAAGUCGAUGUAAUACAAAGCCAAAAUAUGCCCAAAUUGGUGACAUAAUAUUUGUAUUUGGAACUACAUAUGUGGACGGUGUUGAAUUGAAUAUCAUCAACCGGCCAGCAUUAACGCUGUGGGCAUUAGCCUACCACAAAAGAAAAGUGUGUUCGCUAUUCACAGUUGCAAUUAAACUCCAGCUGUUUACGUUUUUCA